AUGGUGAUUGUGCUACUGCGCUACGCUCACGUGGUUGAGAAGCACCAGAACUGUCUGCUGAACACUGCCAGUCUGUCCACCGGCUGGAUCUGCGCCGCUGGCCUCAUCAUGGUCGGGAACUUCCAGGUGGACAACGCUAAGGUGCUGCACUACGUGGGUGCAGGUGUGGCCUUUCCCACCAGCAUGCUGUUUGUGAGCCUGCAGUCUGCACUGACAUACCGCCUGGCCAAGACCCAGGGAGAGUACUACGUGGCCCAUCUGCGCCUUGCUAUGACACUGCUAGCCUUUGUGGGCCUGGUGCUCAGCGGAAUCUUCUUCGUCCAGGAGAGCUUUGUCCUGCAGCACGCCUCAGCCAUCUUUGAGUGGGUCUUCUGUGUCAUCAUCAUGCUCUUCUACGGGACAUUCGCCUUCGAGUUCGCUGGUAUGUCGGGGGACACAAUGGCAGUGUUUGCACGGGGUGGAGGCCUGGAUUCCACCUCCAGAGACCGCAAGGUGGACGCCCUGGGACCUCCGCCCUUGCCGCACCAGCAUGCACAUGCGCACCCGCACCAGCCCGAGAGUUUAUCCAUCCUCUGA